AUGCCGCACGCUACGACAACUACCGUCGAACGAGGCUCACGAGUGCUCGUGACCGGCGCGAACGGCUUCAUUGCAUCCCAUACCAUCUAUGCCCUUCUCAAGGCUGGCUACGAUGUGCUCGGAACAGUCAGAUCGGAGACGAAGGCCGCAGCCAUCAAAGCGACCAUGCGAGACCUGCUCCCAGGACAGGCCCACGCCUUCUCAACGUCUGUUGUGACCGACAUCACCCAAAGCGCCUCCUACGAGGACAUUCUCAAAUCAUACGAGCCAUCUGCAGUCCUGCAUCUAGCCGCACCGUUCGCAUACAACGUCUCGAACUUCGAGAAAGAUCUGAUGGAGCCGGCCGUGGCCGGAACGACAGCUGUGCUCACCGCAGCCCUAGCCGCGCCCUCGAUUCGCCGAGUCGUUCAUACAAACAGCUUCGCCUGCAUCUAUGAUGCUUCGCUCGGCAUGAGGCCUGGCUACACGUACACCGCCAAAGACUGGUGCCCGCUGAAGUACUCUGAUGGUGUCUCAGCACCAGCAGCGCCCGUCGCAUACCGUGCCGCGAAAGCCGUUGCCGAGAAGACCGCUUGGUCGUUCAUGGAAGAGAAGAAACCACAUUUCGAUCUUAUCAGCCUGUGUCCCGCAAUGGUGUUCGGACCGUUUCUGAAUACACCCACAUCAUUGCCUUCCUCGAUAAAAGAGCUGAAUACUUCAAAUCAGCUCGUCUGGGAUGUCUUGUCGGCGCCAGACGGGAAGGUGCCUCCCACAAAAGGGCCCGUGUGGAUCGAUGUUCGCGAUGUAGCCGAUGCGCAUGUUACAAGUCUUGCCAACGCUGAGCUGAGCGGGCGAAGGUUACUACUCGCGAAGAGUGUCUACUGUAGCCAGGAAAUCGCUGACGUCGCACGAAAGGUCCUCCCAUCGAAGCUCGCUCAACGUGUGCCAGUUGGCGAGCCUGGUAAGAGGGAGGCAGCUAGCCACUUUGCGAUAGAUGCAAGCGAAGAGGAGAGACUGCUGGCUUCCGAGAGCAAGGGUUGGAAGGACUUGGACGAAUGCAUCCGCGAUCUGGGCGUCCAGUUGUUUGAUAUACCGCAGUAA